CAUUAUUGAAUUGACUUGAAUUCAAUUCAAUUCAAUUCAAUGAUGCGUUUCACAGAAAACUGUUGGGCACGACUACCAAAUUGAAUUGAAUUAAAAUCGUGUUUAGACAAAGAACCUGUAAUAUAAAGGUGCGUUGAGUUAUUGUACCGAGCAGAUCAAAAAUGAUAGAUUUUCAAGUUAAUGUGUCAGACGUGGUAUUUACGCCUUUCGCAUGUGCUGCUUUAAUAUACGAAAUUGUAAAAGGAUUGCUAUUCCAAAAGAACCAGAUUCCUUAUCCUUAUGAGCGACUGAAAGACAUGGUGGAGAAACGCAGGAAAAAACAGAACGGAAUUACGCUCAGGAAUUACGCUAUAGAAACUCAUUAUCGAAACGUUUCAUUAGUCUACGACAAUUUGGAAAAAAUAAAUAAUUGGAUUAUUAGAGAUUUCUCCAAACCAAAUAGCGUGAUUAAGGAAGUUUUGGUUGUGUUUGGUGAUACACCUCAUUGUGCCAGGGAAGUGUUUACGAUAAGUGUGUGCGCGUUAGAUAGAGGUCAUAUUGAAAGAAACCAUUUAAAAGAAUUGCGAAAAUACUUGCAACGAAUUUUAAGAAAUAUAUUCUUAUCUGAAGAUUUCUUGGAAGCGGUAGACGCGUCAAUGAAUUGUACAAAUGUAUUUUUAUACAUGAAAAAAUGUUGUUCAGGGAAAUUGGACAUGCAUUCUGAGGAUUUGUUUGAGUCCUGUUUACCAUUGGCAAUACCUGCAAAGGCAAAACAAAUGAAAAUAAAUAUUACCAAUGACAUGAACAAGUUUAGUAAUUGUUGUAAGGACCUUUCAGUGUUUAGCGAAGACAGAGAAGAAGUAGAGAAACAUUUAGAGUGCAAAGUUACUAUGGAAGAUGGACAAACAGAGUGGUACAAGUGCAAAUUUGCAAUCAAGGGUUUCAAAGAUUGUUUUAUAGACAAAGUUUCUGCCUGCGAAUUAUGGUAGAUAAUGGGAUUUAGGUAUGCAAUUUAACUUACAAUAUGGGGUUUUUGUUAACUUUUAUACACUGUUUUAAUUGAUUGACUUUUUACAUAACAUUAUUUUUUACUAAGAUCAAAUCAAAUUCUUAUAUAUCCUGCAGUUUUAAGUGGAAAUCUUUUCCUUAACGAGAAAUCUGCUAAUUGAAAAUUCAAAUUUUUAACCAUAGAAUUAGUAUUCCUCGAAAUGUUUAAUAAAACACACAGAUAAAGCAUAGUUGUUUAGUUUUGGUUAGUUUUCAUUUAUGAAGUAUUUUUAAGACCGCCCAAUUUUACUUUGUCAAAAGUUUAUUGUAAAGCUGCCUAUUCGCUUGAGGAACAUAUAGUGGCCGCACACGUGCAUUUGGUAAAUACACUUAUAUAAUCUUAUUAAGGAGCUAUAAUGGGUUUAACCACCAAGAGACAUCUUUUGUUGUGCUGUUCAAAGUAAUUCGUCGUCCGACAUUGUUUUAAUUCAAGCACUUAAUUGCUAAUAAGGUCAACAAAAUUUAA